GGGCGUGCCGGGGGCAGGGGCUCGCCGCGCUCGCCAGCCCGCCCGCCUGCCGGAGCGUCCGCGCCACCGCCCCCACCGCCCCGGCGGCCGGCAGCAUGGCGGAGAGCGAAGCCGAGACCCCCAGCACGCCCGGCGAGUUCGAGAGCAAGUACUUCGAGUACAAUGGGGUGCGGCUGCCGCCCUUCUGCCGGGGAAAGAUGGAGGAGAUCGCUAAUUUCCCGGUGAGGGACAGCGACGUCUGGAUUGUCACCUACCCCAAAUCAGGCACAGGCUUGCUCCAGGAAGUGGUCUAUCUAGUGAGUCAGGGAGCUGAUCCUGAUGAGAUUGGACUAAUGAAUAUAGAUGAACAACUUCCAGUCCUAGAGUACCCACAGCCUGGUCUGGACAUCAUCAAGGAACUGACAUCUCCUCGCCUCAUAAAAAGCCACCUCCCAUACAGGUUUUUGCCUUCAGACCUCCAUAAUGGCAAUUCAAAGGUAAUAUACAUGGCUCGCAACCCCAAAGACUUGGUGGUGUCUUACUACCAAUUUCACCGCUCCCUAAGGACCAUGAGCUACAGAGGAACCUUUCAGGAGUUCUGCAGAAGGUUUAUGAAUGACAAGUUAGGAUAUGGUUCGUGGUUUGAACACGUGCAAGAGUUUUGGGAACACCACAUGGAUGCCAAUGUACUUUUUCUCAAGUAUGAAGAUAUGCAUAAGGACCUAGCAACAAUGGUUGAGCAACUGGUGAGGUUCUUGGGAGUUUCUUAUGACAAAGCACAGUUGGAAUCCAUGGUGGAACACUGUCAUCAACUAAUUGAUCAGUGCUGUAAUGCAGAAGCACUUCCUGUUGGCAGGGGGCGAGUUGGGCUAUGGAAAGACAUCUUCACCGUCUCAAUGAACGAGAAAUUCGAUUUAGUUUAUAAACAGAAGAUGGGAAAAUGUGAUCUCACAUUUGACUUCUAUUUAUAAAAACUGCAUGCAUAUGAUAUCCAAAUAUAGCUGAAAGUGCUUUAUGCAUUCAUUUAUUACCUGCUGGACAAACUACUGUAGCUAUUAUGUGUAAUGAGGUUUAAAGGAAGAAAAACAAUCCAAGUAAACCAUAUCAGAUAAAAGUAUCUCUGACCCUAAACAGCUGUUUAUCUUCUAGUGUUUUAAUCAUUUGUCCACAUGCAAGAACUUCCUAGCCAAUACUAGAAUAUUCAGCUGUUAGGGAAUGUAUUAUAUACAUAUAAGGUAUGUACCAUAUAUGCAAUUAGAAUGUACACCUUUUCAGCCCCCACACUGAGUAUUUGAUGUGUUUUAUAAAAGCUUUUCACUAGAACCCAACGAAAUGUCCAUAUACCAAAUUAAAAGAAGAGAAAAAUCCAGAGGGAAAGAAGUGAACAGGCCCAAACUGUAUGCUAGGAUGAUCUCAGGGGUUAAUCGUCACAUUUAUUUUUAUAGCAGGUUCUCUCAAGUAUAAAUGAAUCCCAUUCCAAAAUAGUACCUGAUCAAAGUGGGGCUCACAUUAGGUUCUGCACACCCUUAUCAAUAUCAUUGGAGUAGGUUCCAUGCACUGGCAUACUCUGCAGGACAGGCCUUCUUAGAAAAUACAGCUGCGAUUGUCACCGAUCCCCAGACCCAGCCUUGCUUUCAUGGAUGACAGCACACAGCUGUCGUCCUGGUGGAUGCAGCUCAGCGCUAUGCUAGCUCAGCAAAAGCUUCUUGAACCCCUGAUUCCCAUUCAGGCCCUCAAAAUGGGGCUUUGUUUAAAGCAAGGCAUCUGGUGCAGGGUCUUGAGGAAUCACUCUCUGACCCCUAUCGGUAUCUUGUGUAGAUGUGAGUUUCACCCAUUAAGUACAGUAAGAGAAGAUAAGGUGCUGCAUAUCCUCUAGUUCCACUACAAAGUUAAGAGCACUUAGCAGUGGUUAUGGUUCGUGCAGUGGUUACGGUUUGUGCUACUGGACCCCACCAGACCUAAGUGAAAGACUGAUGGCAGUGCGAGAGGCCGCUGAGGACUCGGCAGCAGCGGAGCAGGACAGUUUCACAGUAGGCCACCGGGGGGGAGUAUUGCACAACUCGUCACGCAGAAUACAACGUGGUCAUUGUUAGCCAUGACUGCUCUGGAUUAUCAUCAGGAGUGAAGUUUAUUUUGCAAUUUUUG